AAAAUCAUCUAAGUUUUGAUGUGGCGCUGAAUACGGUUGUGGAUUCUUACCUGUUGGAUAAAUCCUUGUUGUCUAGUUCCACGCAAUGUCAGUGUUAUUGAUCGUAUGAAACACAUGCCUCUUUUCGAAAAUAUAAGGAAAUGUGUUUGUCGUCGACAUGGGUUAUCUCGUCGAGUAACAAAAGUUUUGUUCAAUGUGAAGAUUAGUGAAUCUUUUAAAUCUCCCAAUGUUCCGUCUCAGAUUCGAGAUUUAUUGGUGUACAUUGCAAGAGAAGGUGUGGCAGUCACUGACCUGUUUAGAAGACCAGGUAAUCCUCAAGAUAUGAAGAAAAUCAUAGCGGAUCUGGAGGCGGGCAGACCAAUCAAGUGGACGGACUAUAACUUCUAUACACUUGCGAAUAUUGCUAAGCGCUACCUCCUCCAUAUUGAAGGUGGUGUUUUAGGCCCUCAAUCUGAAGAGAAGCUGCUCUCUACACUUGAUAUACUAGAUGAUCAAGCUCGGAUUGAAGCGAUGCACAGUGUGAUAGUUUCUCAACCGAAACCGGUUCAGCAGCUACUUGCUCUAUUGUUUGGUAUCUGGUUUCGAAUGAUCUAUCAUACAGAAGUUAAUGCAAUGUCUGUAGAAGCGGUGGCUAAAUCUGUCGCUGGAUCAGUUUUCCCAAGUUGCACAACCACUCCGAGAAAAGUUGAGCGAGCAUCAAAAGUCAUGGAAUACCUUAUCACUGGCUUUGCAUCAGCUGACCUCUUCAGUCGUGAACUGAUAGAAUACUUUACUCUAGAGACUAAAACUAGCAUUUCAAGAGUAGAGAAGUUCAAGUAUGAAUUUCGAUUUCCAAAGGAUGUGCCAAGAGAAAAAUCUGUACGGCUUUUUGUGCGUAUGUUGUUAGAAGAAGGUAGAAAACAUGGAUUUCACCUGAUAAAUGACGCUGUAUCAAAAGAAGUUUUCGAACAAGCGACUUGGUACAAUGCAUCCACCCCUGUAGUUUCAAACUGUGACGAGAAAUCAAGAACUGAUCGGGUCACUUCCCAGGCUGAGGAUAGAUUGUCUACUAAGAAUGCUUCACCGGAUGCUUCCCGUGUACAGAAUAUCAGUUCUUCACAGAGUGAACGUUAUAUCACCAAGGACGGAACUAUUUUAUACGCAGAAUCAAGUUCCACACUAACGCCUACUCUUCCAAGACGUGAAAAUAAACUGUAUCAGCAUGGAAUAGAUUCUGGUGGAUUCGAUCUGUUAACUGCUCCUAUUCAACAGACAUCAGAGAAACGUACAUGUGUGACUACUACACCUAUUACCGAAAGUAAACAUACACCGAUAGGCAAUUUGAAUGCUCGAAGAACGUAUGACUUUGCCAAUCCUAUUGCAAAAACUGAAAAUUUUGAUCAUCAUUUGCCUAGAUACUCUUAUCUUUCAAAUACAGUCGAUAGGUAUGGAGGAUAUGAUAGUCAGAUAAAAGCCUCAGCUCUUCAAGCACCAGCCUCUCAGACAGUAUGCUUCAAUUCAGUUAAACGACGUCAGUUGGAACGUUUACAAAAACGUUCUGAUUGGUUUUUAAGUCCUCCUGCUGGUUUAAGAUCAUCGACUGGUCUUAUCCACUUAAACCCCAAAGCUCCAGGUGUUGGUCAUACUCACCUUUCACCUCAUGCUGAAAAUGAAACGGACAAAUCCCUAAGUAACUAUGAUAACAAUGAUAAUAAUAAUUUGAAAAACUAUCCAAUUGUGCCUGUUGAACAAAAUUCCACAUCAGAUAUUGAUUCAAAAUCACUAAUGGAUAUUGAGUUAUCUGAAGAUGUUAUUGUCACUGAUCAUAAUAAUAAUCUGAGUCAUUACAGUGUUAAUGAUGAUGUCGGACACUUGGUGUUCACUGCACCGGAACGUUUAUGGGAUUGUGGUAAUGUGAAGACAACGACUGUCAGUACUGGUUGUAAAAGGAAUUCACGUACACUGUUGCCUGAUGAAACAGCAGCACCAGCGGCGACAAGUUCUCCGAAUUGGCAAACAGAUAGCUUGAAAAAUUAUCCAGCUAAACGGUCUUCCCUUCGACCAGUUAUUGAUGAGAAAGAGAAUUAUCCAGAGGUGGAAACGCGAUACUAUGUUGUUGAAAGAUAUUACGGUCCUGAGCCUCGACCACCACCGAUUGGGGUUGGUGGCGCUGGUGGUGGUCAGCAUGUUAUGAAUCAUGAUAGGGUACCUCAUGCCUGUCGUUCAUAGGCUGGAUGAUAACUAGCAUAAACAGAAAUUCAAACUACACUUUUCGCCUUUUGUGUACACAGUUUAUCCUCCAGGUAGUUACUACUAUUUAAUAUUUGCUGUUUUUUUUCUUCUUUACAACAAAACACAGUACACACAACCGUUUUUUUAUAACAUUACAAAAGUAUGUAUUAUAGCAAUAAUAUUUAUCACCCAUAAGAAUUCCGACCUCAUCACUAUUCCUUCCAAUCCUCACUAAUAUUCAUUACUAUUAUCUGCUUUAUAUGUUUCAGUUGUCUUUUUAAAAGUAUAUACAUAUGUAUAAUAAAUAAUAUAUCCCAUAAUAUAUCACAUCACUUCACAUUAUCCUUACCCCAUUUUUGUCAAAGAAUUCCUAGCGGUAUAUAUUUAUAUUAUUGUAUUGCUCUACACUCUGUGCCUAUACUAUACAAACUGUUCUUACCACUCUUCAGCUGGAAUGUUAUUUCUAAUCUUAUUGCAAGGAUUAUAAUUCUAUUAGUUAUUUUUUCUAAUAUGUUUUUUUCUUUUCCUCUCUUCUCUCUGAUUUUUCUUUGUUUUUUUUUUGGAUGUAUACGUGGUGAAACGCAUUACCCGACGAAGUUGUUGGGAGAUGCAGAGAACAACUUC